AUGGAGAAAGUAUCAGAAGCGCGACGUGAGGGUGAUGCUGACGAAGAUAAGGCUAUGAUUGCAGAGAUGAUGAAGCUUAUUGGAAACUCAGCUUUCGGUCGCUCUGGAAUGGAUAAGGGUAAGCAUAAGGAAACUAAAUACAAGAGCUGUGACGGGUCGAUUAGUUCAAUUGUUGAGCAGAAGCGGUUUUAUGACGUUGAAGAGCUUGGAGACUCAUUCAAGAUUACACUUAAGAAAAAAUGUAUGAAACUCAACGAUCCGAUUCAUCUCUCAAUUGCUAUUUAA